CUCGCUCAUCCUCAACAGAGAGCCAGCCACCUGGUGGUCCUUGAGAAAGACAGACGUUGGCCUCCCCUCACUAGAAUUGGUACGAGAGGCAGCGGUGGUAGGGUGGACAUCAUUCAUGGAGAUGCUCUGGAGGUGGAUAUGGAGACGUCUGUCAGGAGUAUGUCAAGAAGAGAGACUGGGAAGAUGAUCCUCCAGAGUUCCACGUGAUAGGCAACCUCCCGUUCAAUGUCUCCAUCCCUCUCCUGUUUGCAGUGGUGGCAAUGAUCCCUGGCGGACGUGGUCCCUUCUCCUUCGGCAGGUCAAUACUCACCCUCACCUUCCAGAGAGAAGUCGCUGAGCGUAUUGUGGCUCCACCAGGACACACCCAGCGCAGUCGGACUCUCCGUCAUGACCCAGAACCUCUGCCAUGUCCACUGGGGUUCACCAUCCUGGCUCCGUCUUCACUCCCGCACCCAAGGUGGAUGCAGUGGUGUUGAAGCUGGUCCCGAGACUCCGCCCACUGGUGAAGGUGGACCACCUCACCUUAGAGAGAGUUGUGAAGGCUCUCUUCACGUUCAGGAGGAAGUUCAUCAAAAGAGGAGCCAGUCUGCUGUUCCCGACUGAUCCUCACCUCCUCCCCCUCCUCUUCUCCCUGAGUGGGAGUACCCCACACCCUCAGAGCCCAGGAGCUGACAAUGGAGCAGGUCGACCAACUCUCCUCCACCUAUCUACACCUCCUAGACAAACACUCCUCUCAAUAUGCCAUUUCGUCUUAGAUAAUCCACCCUUAAACCAUCUCAUAUCAAUU